GACAACUGAUGCAAUGUUUUGAUUGAAGUACACAUUGACUGCGUUUGCGCCACAAAUGCAUCGAUCGGUUGAUUAAAUGAUUGAUUGAUUUGAUAGUGAUUUACAUGAAUUGUCAUCACAUUUAUCAUUGAUUACAUAAUAAGUUGUAUUUUAAUGACAACAAUGUAGUCAUGAAUUUCAAGACAACUGUAUCUCUCGUCCAUUAUGUCCUCAUAUUGAUUGCAAUCUCAACUCGUGUGCAGUCAUCACGACUUACAUCGGUUCCAGUCUUGAUUUGGACCACUCAUCAACAAACAUUGCCGUCAUCUCAAUGGCCAUCCAAGUCAUCAGUCGCUCAAAUUGAUUCAAAUGUCUUUAAAGAUGAUUAUCUCAAUCAAUGGCCAUCAGUUGUGGCCUUCAUUCAGAACAAUAUAAGUAUUGAACACUUUUCUCUUCCCAAUCAUUUCAAGACAUGGACUGAAAUAAUUAAUGAUAAAUCUCAACAAUCGAUAUUUCUUACGGAUGUCUUGAAUCCAAUCGAUUCAUUAAAUGAAUUUACAGUACAAGACAUCGAUAAUCUCAAUAUAAACGAUGGCAAUAAAGUAAUGAUUAAUUUACCGCACAAUACUUUGUACGAAAACGAACAAUUGAUUAGUCAUUUAUGGCAUCAAAUCAGACCAAAUGUAUCGGAAAAUACAAUUUAUUUGAUUUCUGGUCGAUAUGGAGAUGAAGAUUUUUAUGAUAAUGAAGAUAAUCGUCUAAAUAUAAUUCACCAUCGAUUUCGAAGAGCUACCAAAGAUGAUGAUCGAUUGGUGUCUAUUGAUAACUGUCUCUACUUUUAUAUGAAGUCUUUAAAAAUUGUUGUCAACUCAAUUGAUCCAAAUUAUCCGAUAUCGAGUACAUCGUUUAAUUCACUUGAAGUUAAGCCAACAUUAGGUGAAUCAAAGUGUUGGCAAUCAAAUGACACCAAAGAACCAGCAAUUUUAGAUCUAACAUAUAGUUCAUCCGAAACUAAAGUUCAUUUUAAAUUUGUUAUUAAGAGAAAUAUCAGAAAUGGAUUUUGGAGAAUAAGCAAUGGAUUGGCAUUUGUUACCCUUCCGUCUAAAGAAGAGAUCAAAUAUGAGCUCAGAGUCAACGAAAUCACCGCUGAAGACAUGUUUUCUUACAGUUGUUCUCAGUUGAAAAUUUCAAGUCUUGUUAACGAUGAAAGCAGUAAAUAUGCUUUUACACAACUUAUCUUAAAGUUCAAGAACUUUCAAUUACAGCCUUUUGACAAUCCAUUGAACAAAAUGUCUAAUAAUAAAGUCAAAUAUGUAUUUACCGCGAGUAGUGACUGUCAGGUGUGGAUGUCAUUACCGCUAUGGAUGGGAUUCUUCACUUUGAUUCUGUUUACGAUUAUCUUAUUGAUUGGCGUCUACUUCUUGUGGCGAAUCAAUAGUCCCGAUCGCUUCGAGAAUCCUAAAGGAAAGCCAUUAAUUAUUUCAAGUUCUGAUGAAUAA